CACGAAACGACGUUUUAUUUUUUGCUAGUCCAAUUGAAUUUUUUUCAACACUUGGCAUUUCAUUUUUCUCUACUACGCUUCCAACAAAACAUAACAAUUAAAAAUGUCGAAUGAUAAUGCAUCGAUUGCAUCAUCAUCAUCAUUGGCAGCGGCGUCUCGUUCAUCACCGGCACAUACCGAUUUAAAAGGUUGGCUUUUUAAAUGGACCAAUUAUAUAAAAGGUUACCAGAAACGAUACUUUGUUCUUAGCCACAAAGAACUUUCUUAUUAUCGAAAUCCAAUGGAAUGUAAUCAAUCAUGUCGUGGUUCAAUCCAUUUAGAAUCAGCUAUACUUCAUUCAUAUGAUAGCUGUUCAUUUGAUGUAUCGAGUGGUCCGAAAACAUUUCAUCUACGUGCACAUAAUGAAGUCGAGAAACAGAAUUGGAUAUCGGCCAUCGAGUUGGCUAAAGUACGACUUAUCCGCCAGAUGGAUGCCGAAUAUGAUGAUUAUUUUGAUAUAACCCAAAAUUUUAGUGAAAUUCAAACAAUGUUGAAAACUAUGCAAGCAAAGUUGAAUAAUUUACAACAACGUAAAGAAUUCCUUUCGAAACAAAGCAGUGCUUUCCAACAAUUAAUACAUCAAUGUGAACAAAGUGAACAGAAUUGUUCCAUGGAAUUUUUGCCAAAAAUACGUGCAAUCAAAGAACGAGUCACGGUUUUCUAUCUGACCUGUACGGCCAUUAUAAAGGAUAGUAUAGAUUUUUAUGAUUGUGCCCAGGCACAUAAUCGAAAGCUACAGGUAAUGCUGCAGCAUGAAUCACAAACACGUGCUGACUUGGAAGAUCUGGUGAAAACAUUAGCUGAACAACAAUCACAUCUUGAACAACGUGCUAUUGAACAUCAACAUCAUCAACAACAUACAACUUCCGAACAUCAUCAUAGUGCUUCUAGUCGUCGUGAUAAAUCAGAAAAUGAAAACACAGAAGAAGAAGAAUUCUAUGAUGCAGAAGAGAAUGCAUCGGCAACAGAAUUUUCCGUAACAUUCCCUGGAAAAGCUCAUCGUAUCCAUUCAACACCGUCGACUUCAUCACCAAUUAAUAAUAAUGAUGAUGACAAUAGACCAACAAGUGAAAAUUCUGAACAUAAAAAACUUAAUCAUCAUCGUCGCCAUAAGAAAUUAAAAAAUCGUAAAAAAUUAAACUCCGUGAAUGAUAGUAGCAAUAGUAAUGAUGAAGAAGACAAUGACAACUAUGAUGAAGAAGAAGCCAAUUCAUCCAGUGAUGAUAAUGAAGAAAUUGAAAUUGAUGUCGUCACAAGAAAAUCUGUUUCAUUUACUGCAAAUAAUAAUAAUUCCGCAUCAUCUGUUUGCGGUGGUGGUGGUGGUGGUGGUGAAAAACAUGAAAAUUCGAAUGAUAAUUUUGAUGGUCGUGUUUCAAAUACGUUUCGAUCCGAUAGUCAAGCGUCGAAUGAUGAAGAUCUAGCCAUCAUCAAACGUCCACAUCGACAAAAAAUACCGCAUCGACCGAAUCAUAGUUUGAAUUUAUGGUCAAUAAUGAAAAAUUGUAUCGGCAAAGAAUUAACGAAAAUUCCUAUGCCUGUGAAUUUCAAUGAACCACUUUCAAUGUUACAACGUAUGACUGAAGAAUUUGAAUAUGCUGAUCUAUUGCACAAAGCUGCCAAAAUGAAUGAUCCGUUAGAACAAAUGGUUUAUGUUGCCGUUUUCAGUGUUACCUGUUAUUCAACAACCGCGAAUCGAACGAAUAAACCAUUCAAUCCAUUAUUAGGUGAAACAUAUGAAUGUGAUCGUACCGAUGAUCUUGGUUGGAAAUGUAUCUCUGAACAGGUAAGCCAUCAUCCACCAAUGCUUGCACAACAUUGUCAAGCACGUGAUUGGAAUUGUUGGCGUGAAUUUAGUAUGACAAGUAAAUUUCGUGGAAAAUAUUUGCUCAUCAAUCCAUUGGAUAUAACGCAUCUGGAGUUUCCAGCAUCAGGGAAUCAUUAUACAUGGCGUAAAGUCAACACAACGGUCAAUAACAUUAUUGUUGGAAAAUUAUGGAUCGAUAAUCAUGGUGAAAUGAAUAUCAUUAAUCAUAAAACCGGUGAUUCUUGUCAUCUUACAUUUCAUCCUUAUAGUUAUUUUAGCCGUGAAACGCCCAAAAAGGUAACUGGAGUUGUUCUCAGUAAAGAUGAGAAAAUCAAAUGGGUAUUGAAUGGAACUUGGGACAACAAAAUGGAAGCAUGUAAAGUGCUAAAUCCAACACAGUUAACGUCCAAAAGUUCUAAACCUGUGAUAGAGACUGGAACACCAAAAUUGAUUUGGAGACGCGUUCUUCCUACACCUGAAUAUGAAAAAAUGUACAAUAUGACAUUACUUGCUGUGCAAUUAAAUGAACCAGAAGAAGGUGUUGCACCUACCGAUAGCCGUUUACGGCCAGAUCAGCGAUUGAUGGAAGAAUGUCGUUGGGAUGAAGCGAAUGAAGUGAAAAGUAAAUUGGAAGAAAAACAACGUGCCGUACGUCGAAAAAGGGAAGAAGAAGCCGAGGAAGCAGCUGCGAAAGGUUUGCCAUAUGUUCCAUAUGAACCGGUAUGGUUCAAAAAGAACAAGGAUCCAAUUACCGAUAAUCCGGUACAUAUGUUUACGGAUAAAUAUUGGAAAUGUAAAGAAAAACAAGAAUGGUCCGCUUGUCCAGAUAUUUAUCUUGAUGAAUAUAAAAAUUGGUCACAACAACUACAAUUUACUAAAUAGUGAGAGACAAACAAAACACUUUUUCACUCUCAUGUGUAUGUGAGUCAAAUUGAUGAUAUGAUUUUGGCCAAAAAACAAUGUUGUUGUUCCAAUGCAAUGAUGAAAACAUUUUCUGAAAUUUUUCUGAAAAAUUUUUGCUAGACAAAAAUUAUUGAACUUGAAUUUUUUCUUCUUAGGUUUCCUUGAAUUCUUCCGAUCUUAUUGAUUUUAUGAUUUUUUUCAAAUUUG